AUGUCUGCAUCAGCAAAUGUCAUGGAGGAGAGGCAUGUCCGCCUUGCAAGCAGCAAUGCGAAAUUCGCUGUGAGCAUUCGCGGUGCGGAAGGACUUGCACGGAGCCCUGUGCUCCCUGUGCGGAACGGUGCUCGUGGACAUGUGUUCAUCGGGAACGCUGCGAGAUGCCUUGCGCGGUCCCGUGUGACAUCAACCCGUGCUCUAAGCGAUGUGAAAAGCAACUUGACUGUAGCCACCAGUGUCCGUCUGGUGGUGGAUCUGAUCAUGUUUGAGCCGUACUCUGAGAUCAAUGUCGAUACGGACCCGAUCAUUGUACCAACCUGUGGUCAUUUCUACACCAUGGAAACAUACGAUAAUGUCGUGGGUAUGAAGAAUGCGUAUGAGAUAGACGAGCUCGGGAAUAUUGUUGGUCCAAAACCACUGGAUGGAAGUGGCGGAGCCACCCGGCCUGAGGGUAAUAAUGAAGAACCACCGGAUAGGCUGGUGGUGAAGAACUGCCCAGACUGUCGGUCUCCCCUCAGAGACAUUCAUCGAUAUAACCGCAUUGUGAAAGUGGCCUGUCUGGACGAGUCAACUCGAAGGUUCUGCACGAAUUCCCAAGCCAACUUUCUCCAAAUAUAUCAGGAGGUCUCCGAUGCCCAAGAUCUCUUCCAAGCAAAUCGGGAUGAGUUCAUUAGAAGGCUUCAUGGAACCCCCAAGGUACGUGGAAGAGAUGAAGGGAAGAUUCCACAGGCCGUUCAGGAACGAACCCGUAGGACACUCAUGCUAGGAACAAAGAUCCAGCGUUUUGUUGGAACUGUCUCCGAGGAAGAACAGCCCUAUUCCAAAGUUCGACAAAUGGCCAUUAGCGCCCAAAGAAGGCGGAACGCCCAAGGCAACUUUGUGGUGGAUAGCUCUGCCGUGCAGAUGGGGUUCCGUUUGAAAAGCCUGAACUUACUUCUCUCGUUCAGGUGGGAAAGCCUGUGGGAUACGCACUUGGUUGCUGCAAGCUUUCCCGAAAAUGACAGUUCUGUUGCUCUUCUUAGGAACCAAAUGCUGAGGGAGCUUCGAAAUUUGCAUGGUCUAUGCUCAGAUGUCAUUGAGGAAUGCCAGACGGGAAGGCUCUCGAAGUAUGAGGUCGAAGCAAGACUCCGGCGAGCGCAGUUUUUCGGCCUAUACCGGUUGGAGUCCAAUGCGCAGAGUCAGCAGCAGCAGGGGAGUAACACCCAACCAAACCCGCCAAAUACAAGGGGCUUCGACGAGAAUGGUCGGCAAGAGGAGGAGAGAAGUCUGGAUAUAUGUGACGCUCUAUGCAGAAGGCUUCCAGGCACUGUAGGGCCGCUCAAACCCCAGAUUGAUGAAGCGCGAAGGCUACUCAGAGGAAUAGCAUUCUACACCACAGUAACUGCCGAAGAGAGGAGGUUGGUACAUCUUGCGAUGUCAGCAGAAUUCAGCAGCACGGGUCGGUGGUAUACUUGCGCAAAUGGUCAUCCAUUUACGAUCGGGAAUUGUGGAGCUCCAAGGCAGUUAACGAGGUGCCCAGAAUGUGGGGCACCGAUUGGAGGUGACCACAGUGGGCUUGCAGGUGGAGUUAACCGCGCGGCUGAAUUUGCCGCCCUUGAUCAGCAAAUGGGCCAGACAAGAAUCUAG